GUUGAUUGUUCAGAUGACAUCGUUUUCCGUAUCUACGCGCUUAUACAUACAUAGGUACACAAUACCUAUUUAAGAUUGUGUACAACAGGAUCAAUAACAUCGAUCCAAGCUACCUAUUUAAAUGCUGGUUACAUUAACCUGUUAUCUAACGAACGAUCUACGAUGCGCCGAUAGCUAUCGCGAGACCUCGAGUUGACAUCAUGUCCUUUACGAAUGCCCCGGUGACGCGCAGUCUUGUCUACGGACUUAUUGGGAUAUCAAUAGGCGUCAGCCUACUUGAUAUCAAGCACUACUUCUAUAUCAUUGUCGACUUACACCUUUGGCAGUUUCACCAGAUAUGGAGGGCUCUCAUUUAUCAGCUCUGCUAUACCAAUUCGACUGAGGUACUAUUUGCUGCCAUGACUCUAUACAACAUGAGAGCAGUUGAGAGGAUGUGGGGGUCCAGGAAAUUUGCUACAUUCGUUUUCAUCACAUCGUUAUUCACCAGCUGGUUGGCCCCCGCAGUUUUGGCUCUCUUUCUAAGGCCACUCACGCUAGGGCUCUUCAACUACCUCCCUGCCGGGCCUACACCUAUAAUCUUUGCGAUCUUAGCCCAGUACCAUGCUAUGGUCCCGCCGAUAUAUAAAUAUAAGAUAGCAACGUCGGCAUCCACUUCAACAGACGAUCAGACACAAGGCAUUACGUUCUCUGACAAGUCAUACCGAUACCUCCUUGCAUUUCAACUAGCUCUCUUUCAGUGGCCUGGAUCUCUCCUCGGUGCGUUGGUCGGAUGGAUGUUGGGCCUCUCGUGGAGGAUGGAAGUUUUACCACGAUCACUAAUACGAUGGCGAUUACCUGGCUGGGUUGUGGGGAUGCGAACACAGAGAAGGAGUCAGGAGUUCGAGGGGUUGCGCAGGAGACUCGAGGGUGAAAACGGAUCUACGGCCGCAACAAGCGGCGCACAGGGCCAAGCGGACGCCGAAGGCGGAAGACGCAGGACCAUGGGCCAGCAAGUUAUAGACCAGUUCCAAGGCGCAUUUUAGACCCAUUGGCAAGCAAAUAAAAAAGUAUUUCGACUUUUACCCAAUCGUUGGUUUUAGGUAGGUCCAACGUGUUCGGCCCCCAGAGGUCAUUCGCAGCAUUGAAUACCUAAAAUAGCAUACUUACACAAGUACAGAGUUGGCGUAUGGUCUAGAUAAAAUGCACCAGUGUCUGGUCAAAUCAACUACCGUCCCUUACACGCUACCGGCCACGAUGUCUCCCUAUUUUGGGGACCCGUGGUUUAUUUAGAAGCUUUGCAAAGAGCCAACCCAACAGUCGGCGCCGUAUUUCGAAAAUUAUGGCACUGCAGCAGCCAUCCACGUGUGCAGCAAAGGCAUUGCUGGCAAGCAUAGCCCUAGCUAGGGUUUAACUAUCUACGAGAUGGAAGUGGCGCAAAAGUAAUUAUAUACGUAUAUAAUACCUAGUAAUAAAAAUAAAGCCGUAUCACGCUGAAGUAUAAAGAA